AUGGACGGAGGCGGUCACGCUGCACCACCAGCCGAUGCUGGCGGCCACGCUGCUGCGCCAGCUGCAGAUGGCCCUGCUCCCGUCGUGGCAGAGCGUGCUGGCCACCACGGCGCCGCUGCGAACGGUCACCAUAUUGACGACAAGAACUCCAGCCAGGAACGCAUUACGCCGCGCCCUACUUUCCUCGAAAACCUUGCUAGCUCCCGAGAUUCCCAGUUCAUGUUCGAUCGUCGCGACUCUGACGAUCUAGAUCGGUAUUUCCACGGCCCGAGAGACCUCGACAAGCACUCAAAAUGGCCCAUUAUGCUUCGUAUGCACGGCAGUAUCAUGCCGAAACUGAUCCUUCCCAUCGCCUUCGUUGCCGGCUGGUCGACUUUGAUAACCCUACUUUCCAAAUAUGUCCAUAACCUCUCCGUUGAUAACAUCCUCCUCACGGUUCUCGGUUUCGUCGUCGGUCUGUCGCUCUCAUUCCGAAGCUCGACAGCAUACGAAAGAUGGGCCGAUGGUCGAAAGUCGUGGUCCCUGCUCAUUCAGACAUCCCGAAAUCUUGCUCGCACUAUCUGGGUCAACACGACGGAGCGUGAAGGCGAGGAAGGAAAGGUGGACCUCUUGAGGAAGCUUACUGCUAUCAACCUUAUUCUCGCUUUUGCAGUGGCUCUGAAGCACAAGCUGCGAUUUGAACCCGAUGUCGGGUACGAUGACCUAGCGGGCCUAGUCGGAUAUCUCGAUACCUUCGCCAAGGAAGCUCACGACCGUGACGUUCUCCAACCCAAGAAGAAGUCGCUUUGGAAGGCUACCGGCGAGUACCUGGGCGUCUCGUUUGCCGACUCGAACCCCAGGAAGCUUAUCAAGAAAGCUACCAAGCCCUUGGGACAUCUACCCCUUGAAGUGCUCAACCAUAUUUCCGCCUACGUCGACUCUGUCAUCAACAACGGCACCCUCUCCAUCAGUCUUCACCAGUCUCAAGCCAUCACCUACCUUGCUCAGCUGAACGAGGUUGUCACCGGCAGCGAGCGUGUUCUCGAUACUCCACUUCCUGCCGCGUACAGCAUUGCCAUUGCCCAGAUUGCCUGGAUCUAUGUCCUUGUCCUUCCCUUCCAGCUCUACGAUUCUCUUGGCUGGAUCACCAUCCCCGGAUCAAUUGUCGCUGCCUACAUUAUCCUCGGACUCGCCACCAUCGGUAGCGAAAUCGAGAACCCCUUCGGCCACGACGUAAACGAUCUGCCUCUCGACACCUACUGCAGACAGAUUGCCCUCGAGCUGGACAUCAUCACCGCCACCCCCGCCCCCAAGGUCGACGACUUCAGCAUCCGCGAAGACAACUAUGUCCUCUACCCGCUAAGCACAUCCGGCCUCCCCUCCUGGAAGAACCGCAGCGUGGAGGAUAUCCGCGCCGCUCUCCGGGCCAAGGUCGUGGCGAACUGCUCGCCAAAAUCUGCCUCGAAUGCAUCGACCGUGGUCGAGCAUGUCAACGCGAAGCUCGAAAAGCUCGAGCAGAAGCAGCAGUCGGCGGUAUGACAUCUUUUUUGAUGUCGAGAUUUAACAAAACGUUGAAUGUUUAAGGAUUUCUAAACCCUUAUAAGAAACAUAAAACAAAAACUCUCUUCUAUCGCGUCGCAAGCAUGGGAAUUGGGCGUCUAAGUGAGCGUGUGAGGUUUAAUUUGGUGUUUAUAAACUCUUCGACUGUCGUUACUGUGCUACUCACUGUGGAUAUAUCCGGGCCUACGUGAUUUAGGGUCUCUGCUUACAUACAAAUUUGCGUAUCUAGAACUAAAUAUGUUGUAUUUAUCUAAAAGUAAAAAUUAUGUCGUUUUGCUGUCUGAGUUCUUUCUGAGGAGGUGGCUGGCGUCGUCGUAGGGGAUGUUGUCAUGGUCAAUGGCUCAGUCACCUUAGUGCCUUUUGUCCUGAUCUUGACACUGGUCUUGACCCGGGUGGCCACGGGUCCGAUCAUCCUGGCCAGACCUUGCCUCUUGUCCGCAUGUGACGAAGCGCUCCUACGAGCGUCACGGUAUGAUUUUCACCACAUGCGCAGCAUAUCGCACGCUCGCUUGAUCCCAGACUGCCGCAGCAGCAGCACAGUACUACUUGGUGGAUGAGUACCGCAUAGCGAUAUAUCAGCUUGCGCGUCCUGGCGCGGAACGCGGAUCCAUAUCGUUUUGUCUGUCGAUUGUGAUUGUGAUUGAGAUCGUGAGGGUUCAGUACUAACUUUGAGGAUGUCGAUUGGAAUCGACGUCCCCAUUUGACCAAGGAACUGCGAUAGCGCGGAGGAUAGGUAUGUGCGUGCUGUUAGGGGGUCGAGCGGGGUUUGAAGGGCGGAGGUAGAGGUGUUGCUAUGGUGUUGGUGAAUUCUAGAAGAUUGUGGUUAGUUGCUGUAUAUUGAGGAGAUUUGAUGUGAUGUUGGAUUGGCGAAAGAAGGGGGAACUUACAGCUGGAGCUUGAGGUACGUCCAGGGCGGAUUGCGCGCGGUGAAGGUUGUUGUUUGCGUGUCGGACGCGGCUUUUCGUUUUGUCGGCGUCAUUUUAGGACAAUUCGUUUUGCUGAGCGAGGUCGGGUCAACUUCGAGAUCUCCGAGCUCUGGCUUGUAUCGGUCGUUGGGGUCUGCGGGGACAGGUGCCAAAGUAAAAAACAAGAAAGGGGAGGGAUGGUGGGGGGCGGGGGGUGGAAAGGUCCGGUGUCAGGAUUGAGGUCACGCCUGCAGCAGCAGAGCUUUGAAAGAG